AUGGCUAGCCAGAAUCCCACCGAUGCCGCCGCCUCGAGCGCUGCUGCUCCCACAACCCUGCCCGACCGCACUCAAAACCCCGCCGAUAACCAGGCGGGCGAGUCCAAGAAUGCCGCGAAGAAGGCCGAAAAGGCCGCAAAGCUUGCUGCGGCCAAGGCUGAGAAGGCUGCGAAGCACGCUGCUGGUGUGAAGACUGAGAAGUCUGAGGGCAAGAAGGAGGCCAAGAAGGCCCCCAAGAAGAAGGUCGACGGCGCUGCUUUGAUCGGUAUCGAUGCGUCCAAGGAGGAGAACUUCCCGGACUGGUACCAGCAAGUUCUCACCAAGGGAGAUAUGCUGGACUACUAUGAUGUGUCGGGCUGCUUCAUCUUGAAGCCCGCUUCGUACUUCAUCUGGGAGGAGAUUCAAGACUGGUUCAACAAAAGGAUCAAGAAGAUGGGUGUCAAGAACUGCUCGUUCCCCUUGUUCGUUACCGAGGAUGUGUUGCAGCGCGAGAAGGACCACAUUGAGGGCUUUGCUGCCGAGGUCGCCUGGGUGACCCAUGCCGGAUCAACUCCUCUCGAGAAGAAGAUUGCUAUCCGUCCUACAUCCGAGACUGUUAUGUACCCCUACUACUCAAAGUGGAUUCGCAGUCACCGUGAUCUGCCCCUGCGCCUGAACCAGUGGAACUCCGUCGUCCGAUGGGAGUUCAAGAACCCCCAGCCUUUCCUGCGUACUCGUGAGUUCUUGUGGCAGGAGGGCCACACUGCCCACCUGACUGAGGAUGCUGCCCGGAAAGAAGUGCUGCAGAUUCUUGACUGGUAUGCCGAUAUUUACUCCGAGCUUCUUGCCGUUCCCGUGGUCAAGGGCCAGAAGACCGAGAAAGAGAAAUUUGCUGGUGGUCUCUACACAACUACCGUUGAGGGUUACAUCCCUGCAACUGGCCGUGGUAUUCAGGGUGGUACCUCCCAUGGCCUGGGCCAGAACUUCAGUAAGAUGUUCAACAUCACUGUUGAGGACCCUUCCGCCAAGCCUGGUGAGCAGAAGGAGGCUAUGCACGUCUGGCAGAACUCUUGGGGUCUGUCGACCCGUACCCUGGUGACAACAAGGGUCUGGUCCUUCCCCCCCCGUGUGGCUGAGACGCAGGUUGUCAUUGUCCCCGUCGGUAUCACUGCCAAGAGCACCGAUGAGGACCGUGAGAAGCUCUACGCGGAGAUUGACGGCCUUGUCGCCGUCCUCGAGGCCGCUGGUGUCCGCGUCCAGAGUGACAAGCGUGAGGGCUACUCCCCCGGUUGGAAGUUCAACCAGUGGGAGCUUCGUGGUGUGCCCCUUCGUCUGGAGUUCGGCCCUGGCGAGUCGGCUGGUCACUUUGUCACUACUGCCCGUCGUGAUAUCCCUGGAAAGGAUGGCAAGUCGACCCUUCCGAUCGCCGACCUGGUUAGCGGCACGACUGCGCUCCUCGAGACCAUUCACACCGAUAUGUACAACCGUGCCGACGCCGAGUUCAAGGCCCACCGCCUCCAGAUCACUAACUGGGACGACUUCACUCCUGCCCUGAAUGCCAAGAACCUUUGCCUCGUGCCCUUCUGUCUGCAAAUGGACUGUGAAGAGUCCAUCAAGAACCAGAGUGCCCGCAAGGCCGAGGAGGAAUCCGGCGAGGUCACCGACGCCAAGGCCCCUUCAAUGGGUGGCAAGAGUCUGUGCAUUCCCUUCGAGCAGCCCGAGGGCAUCGUGCCCGGCGUUACCAAGUGUAUCAACCCCAGCUGCUCUAACUUCGCCGAGAAGUGGUGCAUGUUUGGCCGCUCCUACUAA